CUCGCGACUGACUCGUGACUGUUAAAUCCGCUUGGUUGUGGCUGCUCGUGCCGGGGGCCGGCCGCAUCAAGGGAUUACGAAGGUUUGAUCUUGUCAGUGGCUUGGCUUCUGCUCGCUGCUCCAUUGUUGCUGACAGAUCAGGCUGCAAGUACAGCUGCAGCCCUGCCCCGACCGUCGAUCGCAGAUCGAGCAAGAUCGCCAAUAGUCAUUUCUUGACGGAUAGCGUUCAAAAAUACGCUUGGAGAUUCAUCUUUCUCUCACAUCCCACCCGUCCAAACAGCUGGAGCCGACCCACUCACUCACUCACUUACUCACUCACUCGCCCAACUUUGGACGGUAUGUCGUCCAUUGGGAGAACACCUGCUUCUGAGCGGAGUCAGUACUUGACUCCUGCCUCGGAGCGUUCGCAGUACAUCACACCGCCCAUGACGCCGGGUCUGCUAAGCUCUGAGGGCCACGGAGGCAGCGCAUUCGAAAGUUCGGGUCGCAACUCGACAGGCCAAGCUGGUCCUGGAGACGUUUCCUCGCCGAGUGAUACAGGCUCGAGCAACUCGACGCAAGUGCCCGAGCGAUCAGGCACAGGGGCUCAAAAAGCCAACGCUGCGCUCGAGCGAGAAGCUGACGAAGUUGGUGGCAACCUUGAAAAGAGCAGGGCAGAAAGGCAAGAGGAGGAAGAGGAUGAGCAGAAUCGUGUUGAUUGGGAUGGUCCUGAUGAUCCCGCAAAUCCUCAAAAUUGGUCAUUGAGGAAGAAAUGGUGGUUGUCGGGACUGGUCAUCUUCUUGACCGUCAAUUGCACCUUUGCUUCGGCCGCACCUAGCGGCGCCGUGAUGCCCGUCAUGAUGCAAUUUCAAAUUUCAGAAGUCAUCGCUACUCUAGCGCUCACUUCGUCUUUCUUGAUCGGAUACUGCAUCGGUCCGCUGUUCUGGUCAACAUUUAGCGAGCUAUUCGGUCGCAAGCCAAUCUUCAUCAUCUCCAUGUUCUCCUACACCGCAUUCAUCAUCGGUCCACCCCUUGCAAAGAACUGGUGGACCAUCUUUAUCACCAGACUUUUGAGCGGCGCUGCCGCUUCCGCACCAUUGACCAAUGCGGGAGGACUGAUAGCGGACGUGAUGAACCCUACUCAUCGAGGCUUUGCCAUGAGCGCCUUUAGCGGAUCGGUAUUCCUGGGACCAGCGCUCGCGCCAGUCGUCGGCUCGUUCGUCACCCAGACCGUUGGAUGGGAAUGGGUCUUCUGGGUCCUUCUCAUCUACUCUUUCCUUAGUUGGGCAUUUGUUGCGUGCUUUUUGGAAGAAACCUUUGCUCCGGUCUUGCUCAAGAAGAAGGCUGUGCGCCUGCGCAAGGAAGGUAAUGCUAAAGCUUGGGCACCCCUUGAACGUCAAGACUUUUCCUUCAGAGGAAUUGCCGAGCGAACCCUUUUCCGACCUUUCCAUAUCCUCGCUUUGGAGCCCAUGCUCGUCCUCAUCACCAUCUACAUCUCGGUAGUGUAUGGUCUGCUGUAUGGCCUGUUCGAAGGCGUCCCAGUCGUCUUUGCCACGCUUCGACCCACCGAAUUCAAUCUGGGCCUAUCCAGUCUUCCCUUUCUAGCCGUGCUGAUCGGUACGACGGUCGGUGCGCUGUGGAAUGUCAAGAUGUGGUGGAAGUACUACGACCUUCAAGAGCUUUGGAAAGGCUCCCCGCCGCCUGAAGAGCGCUUGAUUGGGUGCAUGUGGGCCGCGCCUUUCUUGGUGGUCGGCUUGUUCUGGUUUGGAUGGACGGGCGCAUAUCCAUCGGUGCAUUGGAUCGCUCCAACGCUCGCCCUCAUCCCAAUCGGCAUCUCUUUUACUCUGAUCUUCAUCUCUCUGCUUACAUACAUUACAGAUUCCUAUCUGGCUUACUCUGCCAGCGCUCUCGCUGCCAACACGAUCAUCCGUUCAGCUACUGCAAGCGGCUUCCCGCUCUUCACGCGCAUCUGGUGGACCUCUUACUGGGGCCCUCAAUGGUCUUGCACACUGCUAGGCUGCGUAGCUUUGAUUCUCGCUCCCUCUCCUUUCCUCUUCUACAUCUACGGCUCAAGAAUCAGAACGCACAGCAAAUGGGCACCCGCUCCCGACCUCGAGAUUCGCAAGCAGCUCGAGCAGGAAGGCUAUCUGCCCCAGGACAGCAUUUCCAAGACUUUGAGGGAUGCCAGCGCGAGAUCGGGAUUGAGCGAAUAUAGGAGAAGAAGGAAUGCGGAAAAGGACGCUUCUCAGAAAGCUUAGAUGACGAAGUCGCCCUUUGCGCACUUCCAUGCAUGUAUCACACCAAUCAGAAGAAUCACGUGAAUAUAGGUUCAUCAUGUCGACACUCUUCAUCCCCUCCUCCCCUUUUGCAACGCAUCCAACCCAGCUUGUACAUUCACGACUGUUCAUGCGACUCCUAUUAAUCAAGAAGAUGAAAGCGGAGG